AUGGAUACCAAUUCUCUGCCCUCGCAACAAACCCUAGUAGUAAAAAAGGCCAAACAAAGGACGGCGUAUUCCACGCACGCGGGAACUUUUGGGCACGCACAUUUGUCACAAACAUCAAUUGGCGUCAAAGAUCAGACCCCCGCAGUCUCCUCUAUCAUGAGAAAUCCCCCGGCAAAAUGGGUUCCAGCAAAUUUCCCCAUACAUCCGAUAAUGCAGAGCAGAAACCCGAUAUGUGCGAGCUCCGUGAGCUCCGUCACCGCUUGCCCGGAGCGACAAAAUCCAAGCAGUGACAAGCGUGUCAACUGCGAGUACGAGCACGAGCACGAGCACGAGCACGAGCACGAAUACUUCGUCUCCUUCAUCUUAUCUUUCAUUCCUCAGUCGUUACUAGACGGUGGCUCAAAUUUAGUGUGCACCAUCAAAUGCACUCUUGCUUCGUGUCGCGUGUCCACUCUCACAAUACGUGGUGCCAUUGAGACGGGAUGUAGCCAUGAAUUAAAAAUGGGGAAAGAUGUGGUUGAGGUUGCAGGUAAAACCGCCAGACCACGAUGGUUACUCAUUGGUCACUCCUCAGCUCAAUUGCAUCGAAACGGAGAGCAAAUCCUGCGAAACAUGAUGAUUAUCACGCCUCCUGAUCAGGAACCGCUUGACUCAAUGCCCUGCGCUGCGGAAACGAGACUACCCAGUGUCAAGGAUAUACAACUAGCCUCGAAUGGUCCGCGGUACAAGCCCUUUGAUCUCCAAACCACAGUCAACGUUAAGGGCUCGGCGUUCACCUCUUUCGAAUUAUCAAAAGGGAAAUAA